ACGUAUGUGGUUACGUACGGCACAUGUAACCAUAGACAUACAUAAGUUAGAGUUGUGCAACCUCCUGUGUCCUGCACUGACAUUGGGACAGUAACCUGACGGAAGAACACUUCUCAGCUGACUUCUCUAACAGGACAGAAUGGGAGCCUCCUUGUCCACACCUGCUGCUCCUACAGUGAGGGCAGAGGCCACGAUGGCCGUCCCUCCUCAGGGCUGUCCCAUGCACCAGGAAGCACAGCCUGUGAAAGUGUCUCCACCUUCGGAGUGUCCCAUGCAUCAAGCUCAGCCUGUCAAAGCGUCUCCCCCGCCAGAGUGUCCAAUGCAUAAAGCAGAAAAGGGUCCGGCUCACCAGGACCGGGCCUACGAGUUUGUGGAGUGUCCCAUGAAAGCCGCAGCUGCAGCGGCGAAUAGUGACAUCGACCCUUCAAACAUGAUGCCUCCUCCUAACCAACUUCCAGCUCCAGACCAGCCUUUCGAACUGUCCAUCUCCAGAGAGGAGUCCACCAUUCCCCGUCACAGCGCAGAAAAGAACUGGGUUUACCCAUCUGAGCAGAUGUUCUGGAACGCCAUGCUGCGGAAAGGGUGGCGCUGGAGUGAGGAUGACCUCGCUGCUCAAGAUAUGACCAACAUCAUUAAAAUCCACAAUAAGAACAACGAGCAGGCCUGGCAGGAGAUCCUGAAAUGGGAGGCCAUGCAUGCAACAGAAUGUCCAUGUGGGCCCACCUUGAAGAGGUUUGGUGGUAAAGCCAAAGAGUUCUCUCCCAGGGCUCGCUUCCGCUACUGGAUGGGCUACGAGCUGCCUUUCGACCGCCAUGACUGGAUCAUUGACCGGUGCGGGAAGGAGGUACGCUACGUCAUCGACUACUAUGACGGUGAAAUCAACAAGGACACCUACCAGUUCUCCAUCCUGGAUGUACGGCCCGCCUUCGACUCUUUCAAUGCUGUCUGGGACCGCAUGAAGGUGGCCUGGUGGCGCUGGACCUCCUAAAGGACAUAGACACAUGCACGCGCAUAUAGGUCACCACGUGGAUUCAAACACACACACAGACACACACACACACACACACACACACACACACACACACACACACACACACACACACACACACACACACACACACACACACACACACACACACACACACACAGGGACUGUGAAACUCUUUUCAGCUCUUUACAGGAGGUGCAGUGCUGUGUAAACAAGACUCAUGAAGAAAAAGAAAUUAGAUUAUGUUAGCUUAAGCAGGACCUUGUUCAGUUAGGCUGUGUGAAGCUUCAUCUGCUAAUCCUUUUGAUUUCAGUGGAAAGUAUAAUUUUGGCUUUGCAUUGCGGUGUUUGUCAGACUGGUCACAUGUGGCUCAUACUGCCUCUGGGGAUCUGUUCACUGCUCACUUCAAAUCCACAAUUAUGUAGAAUUGGCGCCACCUACAGCUUAUCUCUAUGAACCAACUCCUAAUGAUUACAGUAGUGGAUGGAAACAGGCAUUCACAUUUCCGAUACAUAUGCAUGGAAACAUGACCUGCUGACUGUCACUAGUCUGUGUCUCUGUACAGUGUGUAUGUGCUUUGAUUGUAAGGAAGCAGUGAGAACCCCCUCCCAUAAUGUUAAUUAUCUGGUGAACAGUGAGUGAGUUUUUACAGAUGAGAUGGGUUCGACCGAUUACCGUGAUGACUGUGCAAUGGGUUAUGGGAAUGUUAGUCUAGUUUGGGUAGACCUUCAGGAUAUAUAGUUCUAUUUUUUAAAAAAGGACAAGGAUGGAUAUGAGCCUUGCUAUUAAUCCCCGUAACUGUCCACAUUUGCCCUUUCCCUUCUUGUUGUAUUUAGUUAGCCCUUCAGUUGGACGUCAGAUGCAGAUAAUAGCUUGUUUGGAAGGAGUUCACAUACUGUAUCAUCAUGUUCUUGCAGCAUCCUUCAUAUAUUGUACUGCUUUCCUGUUUCAUGAUACAAAUUGCUAAAAGCUCAGUUACCCAGUUAAUCUGAAUUCCUAUCCAUCAGGUAUAUGACAUGUGCUUGGGUUUGCUGUUGCAUUGUUCAUCUGCAGAAUUCUUUCAGCUUCAGUAUGUAAUUUUUGUUGUGCUGAUAUUCAGACUUUUUUAUUUAUUGUUUGAUGAAUGAGUGUAGACUUGUGUGUGCAGAAUCUUCAUGCUUUUGUUUCCAGAAAGUGUUCUUGUAUCUAAAAAUGAUUUUACUAGCUCUGGUGGUCAACUAAACUAUCAAUAAAGCUGGUCCUCUUAACAAUA